UUUCUUUGUUCUUUUGUGGUCUACUUGUACAUUUUAAUAUGACGUUAAAGAGACUUCGUAGUGGUUCAAACAGAAAAAAGGAAAAUUUGUAGGAAAGUGUCUUCGCAGACCAGAGUCAACCGGAGAAGGAAGAGUAUUGAUUGAUAUCAGAGAGGAGAAAAUGGCGACGUCGAAGAUAGAGAGGCAGUUCAAGCAAGGCACCAAGAUCGUCGGCGUCAGUCGCAACUACGCCGCUCAUGUCAACGCCCUUCCCAAGGAACCAGUUAUAUUCUUAAAGCCAACUUCAUCAUACUUGGAGAACGGAGGAACGAUUGAGAUCCCACAUCCUCUGGAUUCACUUUAUCAUGAGGUGGAGCUUGCUGUAGUGAUCGCAAAGAAGGCUAGAGAUGUACCCGAGUCAACCGCCAUGGAAUACGUUGGAGGAUAUGCGGUUGCUCUUGAUAUGUCCGCUAGGGAAAUCCAAGCUUCCGCCAAGGCAUCUGGUCUCCCUUGGACUCUUGGCAAAGGACAGGAUACUUUCACACCAAUAGGCUCUGUUCUGCCAAAGGCGAUGGUGCACGAUCCCGAUAAUCUGGAACUUUGGCUGAAGGUUGAUGGUGAAACAAGACAAAAGGGUUUAACAAAAGAUAUGAUCUUCAAGGUCCCGUACCUUAUCAGCUACAUAAGUUCUUUCAUGACUCUCUACGAAGGAGAUGUCAUCUUGACAGGUACACCAGAAGGUGUUGGACCUGUAAAGAUAGGUCAGAAGAUAACCGCAGGGAUCACUGGUCUAUCUGAAGUUCAGUUCGAUGUUGAUAGGCGUGUAAAACCUCUGAGCUAAGUGUUUUCACAUGCUUCAUGUAAUUAGAAAAAUGUCAAUCUUUUGUGGUAAUAAACAAUAAUGUAUUUCCUUGACUUAAGAAGGGAGAAUAUAAGCUAAAACACCAAUAGUUAUCUUGUUAACUAUUGAAGUUA